AUGGAGGUUGCAGGAAGGCUCGUCGUUUCGGCUCUUUUAAUUGCCUCCAGUUUGGCAGAGUUGAAUUCAACUGAGGCUCAAGGCAGAUCAACCUGCACUGCCAGUCUGGGAGGAGCCAAUCUGGCAGAGACCCACAAAGCCCUGAUCCUGAAACUCAAUGCUGAUGAGAACUGCACUUGGACCAUAGAGAGACCAGAAAACAAGAGCAUCAGAAUCAUCUUCUCCCACGUCCAGCUGGAUCCAGAUGGAAUGUGCGAAAGUGAAAACAUUCAAGUCUUUGAUGGAAACUCUACCAAUGGGCCUCUGCUAGGGAAAAUCUGCAGUAAAAACGACUUUGUUCCUGUCUUUGAAUCAUCAUACAAUACACUGACAUUUCAAAUACUCACAGACUCCACAAGAAUCCAAAGAUCUGUCUUUAUUUUCUACUACUUCUUUUCUUCUGGCUCCUCUAUUCCCAACUGUGGUGGUUACCUGGAGGCUAUGGAAGGAUCCUUCACCAGCCCCAAUUACCCAAAGCCSCACCCAGAGCUGGCUUACUGUGUGUGGCACAUACACGUAGAGAAAGGUUAUAAGAUAAAACUCAGCUUCAAAGAGAUUUUCCUGGAAGUGGAUCAGCACUGCAGGUUUGAUUUUAUCGCUGUCUAUGAUGGCUCCUCCACCAACUCUGGCCUAAUGGGACAAGUCUGUGGUCGCGGGACACCCACUUUUGAGUCUUCCUCAGACUCUUUGACGGUUGUGCUCUCUACGGAUUAUGCCAACUCCUACCGGGGCUUUUCUGCUUCCUACACUUCAAUUUAUGCAGAAAAUGUCAACACUACAUCUUUAACUUGUGCCUCUGACAAGAUGAGAGUCAUCAUAAACAAAUCCUACCUGGAGUCAUUUGGCUAUAGUGAGAAUAACUUACAACUAAAUGACCCAACUUGCAGACCCAAAGUAUCAAACGUUGUGGAAUUUGCUAUUCCUCUGGAUGAAUGUGGUACAAUCAAAAGGGUAGAAGACCAUUCAAUUACUUACACCAAUAUAAUCACUUUCACUGCAUCCCCGACUUCGGCAGUGAUCACCCGCCAGAAACACCUCCAGAUUGUUGUAAAGUGUGAAAUGGAACAUAAUUCUACCGUGGAGAUGAUGUACAUAACAGAAGAUGAUGUUAUACAAAAUCAAAUUGCACUGGGCAAAUACAACACAAGCAUGGCUCUUUUUGAGUCUGAUUUAUUUGAAAAUCCCAUACUUGAGUCACCGUAUUAUGUGGAUCUGAACCAAACACUUUUCGUUCAAGUCAGUCUGCACACCUCAGACCCAAACUUGGUGGUGUUUCUGGAUACCUGUAGAGCAUCUCCCACAUACGACUUUGCAUCUCCAAUCUAUGACUUAAUCAAGAGUGGAUGUAGUCGAGACGAGACUUGCAAGGUGUAUCCCUUACUGAGACACUAUGGAAGAUUCCAGUUUAGUGCCUUUAAAUUCUUGCGAAGUCUGAGCUCUGUGUAUCUGCAGUGUACGGUUUUGAUAUGUGAUCGUAGUGAUCAUCAGUCUCGCUGCAGUCAAGGCUGUGUCUCUAGAAGGAAGCGAGAUACUUCUUCCUACAAGUGGAAGGCCGACUCCAUCUUGGGACCCAUUCGUCUGAAAAGGGAUCGCAGUGCGAGUGGAAAUUCAGAACUUCUGCAUCAAACACAUGCAGACAAAACUCAGAGCCAGCCUUUUGACCGUCUGCAUCUGUUUUCAUUUGUGGUUCUUGCUCUGAACGCAGUGAUUGUGGCUACAAUUGCAGCAAAGCGUUUUGUAAAUCAACGGACGGAAUACAAAUACCAGAGGUUGCAGCACCAYUGACUAACUGGUUCAGCCCUAAAUGAAACACA